AUGCUGGCGCUGGCGGCCGCGCUGGCGGCCGCGCUGGCGGCGCUGGCGGCGCUGCUCGGGGCGCGGUGGGCGGCGGCGCCGCUGAAGCGCUGCGUCCUCGGCUGCCUCCUGCUCCUCGGCCACGGCGGCUGGCGGCAGCGGGCGGGCGGCGGCUCCGCGGAGCCCCGGCGGCCGCGCACGCUCCGCUCCGACCCCCACGCGCUGGAUUCGGUUUACUUCACGGGCUUUGCAGAGACCAACAAGACUUUUGUGAUUGCUCGUCUUGCAAGACGUCCCGGCAGCAUCUGCGAAAUGUGGCUCUUCCUCCGAGUGGACAGAGUAGGAGAGUUCGAACACCCGCAGCAUCCAAACAUGAUGGUGAGCGAUGAGUCUGGAGAGCACUGGCGUGGCGGAGGGCUUGCCAUUGAAUACCUGGAGCCCCAAAACUGCUGGAAAAUCAGCUUCGAGGGACUGCUCAGAAAAGGACCCUAUCGGCAGCAGUGGAGCGAAGAGGAAGGUGAACUUGUACCAGUUAAAUUCUUCCUCCACUGGGAGAACUUCACAGAAGUCUUUAACUUUAGCGUCGACAGUCACCCCCGCACACUUGCAAGUGCUCUGGCUGAGGAACCAUGGAGCAUCGAGUUCUUCCGAAGGGUCAAAAAACAGAGGGAGCACUUCCGUCAUGAGCAGUGGGGCCAGUCAGAUGGAGAAAUUGAAAUAGGAAAUCAUGAGAAAACAAAACUUUCCCUCAAAGGUGUUCGGAGCCACUCUUACGGUAUCCGGAACUGGUCUGAGAUUUACCGUUAUGUCAUGAUUUUGGCACGCUUUGAGGACGGGACUGCCGUACAUUUAACAGUUAUUAAUAUGCCAGCAACCACAACUAACCUCACUGUAGGCUACGUCUUUUUCCCCGACGGGAGGAAGGCCGGGAUUGAGUGGUCCAAUGCCUCGCUGGCCCAGAUGGCAGACGACGGGGUUAUCGAAGAUGAAUACAGAGUCAGUUUUACUGCCGGUGGCAAGUGCUUUGAUGUUUCUGCCACGCUCGAUAAGCAAGCUUGCCCUGUGGUGUACAACGGCCUUAGCGGGAGCGGAGUGUUUCACGAGUGCAUUGCCGAUUUCCAACUGAACGGGUUAACGCCAGGCUGGGGCUUGGUGGAGUUUUAUUACAGAGAUGAAGCUGCCCGGCCGGUUCCUCACUUGUGGCUGGGCUCGGGAGCCGAAUGAGCCGCUGCAUCCGCGAUCGGCCGACUGCACCGGCCCCAGCACUUCAGACUCCCUCGGCAGCAGCCGGGCGCCGGGGUGGAUUUUCGGGAAAAGGCCGCUUCUCGCAGCAGCACGUUUAGCAGGUAGCAGGACUUGCUGUGACCUUUUCUAAUGGCUUUGGGAAUUCAGGUAUGUAGUUGAGCUUAUCCCAGCGAUGUUAGCAGGCAGCAGCUUUCCGACUAUUUUAUUCCCUGCAAAAUGCACAGUUUGGAGAGUGGAGCUCCUUGUCACAGGAUCUUGUGGAGGCCAAGAGGAUAAACAGAUCUGGAAAGAAAUUAGAUAAAUUUUCAGACGUGCUGCUGCUAACUGUGCUUGUCUGGAGGCAAUUUAAAGGCAAUCUCCGAACAGCUGAUUGCAGGAAGUGUGCACAAGAAGGGAUCACUCUCCGCUCUGUCUGCUGGCACUUUUCUUAAGGUAUCAACUGCUCCCCAAGGUGAAGACUAGGAAACUGGGUUACAUGGAUCUCUGACCCAAUUUAGCAGUUCCUUGGUUCUUUCAGGUUUGUUUUUGGAAUAAAAGUUCCAUCUUUGUGAACUCUCCGGUAGUUACAGUCAUUAAAAAAUGGGCAUAAUCUCCUAUAACUGUGUAAGAGGUUGAAUUAGGAGAAGUAAGAGAAAGCACAUCUGAAUGAAGUGUCCUCUAACACAGAGGCCAACAAAGUCAGUGACACAAGCACAUUUUUCCUCUUGUCUGCAGAGAAGCCAGGGUCCAGUAGCCCAGAUUAGAAGAUGGUCUGAAUUUCUCCUCAUUCACUUAAAAUCAGAUGCCAUACUUACCACAACAUCCCUCAUAGUCCCUGGUAGUAGCUGGCCCACAGUAACUUCAGUCAAUUCUGCUUAGGCUGCCGCUGAGAAAGUUUUUGCAACUUAUAUAGCGACAUUAUAUGCAAUAGCAAUGUUAUAUGUGGAAGUCCCUAUGUGUCUAGUGCUUGAAUGCAGAAACACUGAGCCUGCACCUGCAACGGCGGCCGCUGCACGUUCGGACUGGGACGCGUCGUUACACAGAGGGCUCGGGGCGGAUCGGAGCGUCGCGGGCUCCCGGAGGGGUACAGCCCACCCGGCCCGUCGUUCCUCACGGCUGCGGUGUCCCGGUGUGCGAGCGGGAGCGUCGGACGGAGCAGAAUAAUUUCCUCCCAGAGGGCUGCGAAGGAGUUCCCUGGUUUGAUGUCCGAGGCUGGUAGGACGUCAGAGGCUUGGUGUGAUGCGAGGGGCUGGUAUGAUGCCAGAGGCUGGUAGGACGUAGCAGGCUGGUGUUACCAGAAGUGUGUUCUGGACCUGUGCAUGAGGACAGAGACAUUUUUCCUCCUUUAUAUUGCUGAGCGCUUUGAUUUCCUUCCAUUUCUUUCACUGCAAUCGCCUGUCACUGAGCAAUACUCAAAGCCAGUUGUGCCAAACCAGUGGAAUAAAUUGCCAUUUUCUAAUUAUUAA